AUGUGUAACCUCGAAACGUGCGCCCAAUACUGUUCACCCACCCUUGAGAUAUGUGUGCUCACUUGUUCAAAUAGCGAAGGAACCAAGUAUGGAUGCGGGCACUAUGUGAUCACCAAGAAGCUCCGUAAGAUCGACUGCAAUAAUUCGCACUGCAGUUACUCUCGUCGCCAUCCUUCCAAUUGUUCUCCCUGUCAAUGCGAGAAGUUCCUUGGCCCCGAUGCUGCAGAGACGAUUACCGCACGGACAGAAGAGUACUGCUCUGAAUGUCAUUACUGGUAUCGUGGCCCGGGUGCACAACGCAGGCGGUAG